GUCCUCUCCGCCUGGCCUCUUCCACUCGGCCCCCGCCCACCCCGACUCCCUACCUGGCUAACUCCUGAAGGCCGCAGGAUAAACGUCUCUUCCUCGGGGAAGGCUUCCCGGACCGGCAGGCCACGCUGCCCCCAGCUAAAGCUCCCUCAUUAUCAGCCCAGUGUGGUUAUUUGAUGGCCGGCGGUCUCGCCCAGGAGAGUGCAAGCCCCAGGGGCCUGUGGCGCUGGCCGGCUCCCGCAGCGGCUGCCCGGGGCCUGGCACACAGGACGCGCGAAUCCCGCUCGAGGGACCGGGGAGAAGGCAGAGCCCGGCGAGGCGGCCGGGGCCUGAGCCACAGGUGGAACUGCAUGUCCACCUAGACGGAGCCAUCAAGCCGGAAACCAUCUUAUACUAUGGCAGGAAACGAGGCAUCCCCCUCCCGGCCAACACGGUGGAGGAACUGAAGAACAUCAUUGGCAUGGACAAACCGCUCAGCCUCCCAGGCUUCCUGGCCAAGUUUAACUACUACAUGCCGGCCAUUGUGGGCUCCCGGGAAGCCAUCAAAAGGAUUGCCUAUGAAUUUGUAGAGAUGAAGGCCAAGGAGGGUGUGGUCUACGUGGAGGUGCGCUACAGCCCGCAUUUGCUGGCGAACUCCAAAGUGAAGCCAAUCCCCUGGAACCAGGCUGAAGGAGACCUCACCCCAGAUGAGGUGGUGUACCUAGUAAGCCAGGGCUUGCAGGAGGGGGAGCGAGACUUCAGGGUCAAGGUUCGAUCCAUCCUGUGCUGCAUGCGCCACCAGCCUGAGUGGUCCCCCGAGGUGGUGGAGCUGUGUAAGAAGUACCGGCAGCAGACCGUGGUGGCUAUCGACUUGGCUGGGGAUGAGACCAUAGAAGGAAGCAGCCUCUUCCCGGGACAUGUGGAGGCCUAUGAGGAGGCUGUGAGGAGCGGCAUUCACAGGACUGUCCACGCUGGGGAGGUGGGCUCAGCUGAGAGAGUGAAAGAGGCUGUGGACAACCUCAAGACAGAGAGGCUGGGACAUGGCUACCACACGCUGGAGGAUGAGGCCCUUUAUAACAGGCUGCGGCAAGAAAACAUGCACUUUGAGGUCUGCCCCUGGUCCAGCUACCUCACAGGAGCCUGGAAGCCAGACACGGAGCAUGCUGUUGUUCGGUUCAAAAAUGACCAGGCUAACUACUCACUCAACACAGAUGACCCACUCAUCUUCAAGUCCACCAUAGAAACUGAUUAUCUGAUGACCAAACAGAUGGGUUUUACCGAAGAGGAGUUUAAGAGAAUGAACAUCAAUGCGGCCAAGUCCAGUUUCCUCCCAGAAGCUGAGAAGCAGGAGCUUCUUGAUCUGCUCUAUAAAGCCUAUGGAAUGACAUCUUCAGCCCUUGCAGGGAAACUGUGAUUUGAAUAAUCAGCUGAUGUUCUUGAUGCCUGCGUGCUUGUUUUCUGGACACACAUAUACCUCGGUGUGGCGACAUCUCUCCUCUGAUCAUAUGCCCUGGCCAGGGACUAGGUUCCUUGUUGAUGAGUUUUGUUGAUUCUGAAACCCUAUUCCUAUGGUGACACAUGCUGAAAACCUGGUGCUCAAUAAAGAAGCCAAUGGCUGAUACUG